AAAGCAGUAGAAAUUAAUAUUUGCAUCUUUUUUAUUUCCUAAAAGAAAUCUCUCCCUUUGCUCUCCAUUUCUGUGUUUAGUGACAAGUAGAACAUCAUCUUCAUGGUAAUAAUACAUAAACUGACCACAUACUAACCAAUGACCAACGUUUGUGAUUGUUUUGAUUCGCGAGUAAGUUCACAAGCCCAACCAACUGAUAUACAACGUAAAUGGCGCGUAGCAAAAUUUGGAAGUACUACGAUAAAAUAGAUCUUCAGACGGCACAAUGCCUGCUAUGCGAGAAGAUCAUCAAGACGUGCGGCAACACGUCCAACCUGAUGAAGCAUAUGAAAACCCAUCCAACCAUAGAUGUGAAUGACCAUCAGUCGAUAGUAGUGCGCGGAAUGCUUAAGCGGGAAACAAAUCCCAGUAGGACCCGGGGUAGAAAGAUAUUAAAAUAUGCAUCGAUUAAGGUCAAGUCGGAGGCCAAUGUGGUCGCAGUGAGCGAUAUGGAUGUCAACUUAAUUGAGUUUGUGGACCCGGAAGCGCAUGUUGCUGUCGAGAGUGUUGGGAAUUGUGAAGAAACAUAUGCCCACUGGGCGACAGCAGACACUGAAUCUGCCGCCGAGACAGUAAGUGCAGCAGACAUUAUCGAAUUUGAGCCGAAGGUGGCACAGGAUCAUAGUGACCACAUGCACAUGCUGGAUGAUGCUUUGCCCGAUAAUAAAGAAGUCAACAAUUGCCAAACUCUCCAGGACAACUUGGCAUAUUUUGUAUGCCGCGAUAAGCAUCCGCUGGACGUCAUAAAGGGCGAGGGAUUCAAGCGGCUGACACAAGUGCUCUGCCCCUCGUUUCAACUGCCCAGUAUUGAUCAGCUUGGUGUGCGCAUAGCUCAAAAGGUACAGGUGCAUACUGCGAAGAUGCGUCAGCAGUUCGGCAACUUACAAACACUCUCACUUAGCUGCGCCAUUAACACAACGUCCGUUUCGGGCAGUUUGGAACAGGUCAGCUACCUGGAGGUUGCUGCCCAUUACAACGAAGGCGUGCAUAGGCGGUCUCGCACGCUUUCAGUGCAAACCUUGCCCCCUCAGUACAAUGCCAGCAGUAUUGUUGAACGCUUGGAACGUAUCUGCCAGCGGUUCGACAUCAAUAAGUCGAAAAUUGUCUGCAUUGUGACCAGUAGCAGUCGAUUGCUGGAGAACGCUGUUGCGACGUUACUGGGAAGCCAGCGGCAUGUACCUUGCUUUGCAAAUCUUCUAGAGACGCUUUUGGAGUCGGUGGUAGAACGCCAGUCGUUUUUUUGCUUGUGCGACAAGGUGCGUAGCCGUGUUGCAUACCAACUGAGCUGCAGCAGCAGCUUAUAUACGCAGCUACAGCUUGACGUAAAUGGACGUGCUAUCAGCAGCUACGAGAUGCUUGAAGGCUAUGUCCGGCAGGCGCCGCAUCUGAACAAAUUGCAGCAGUCAGCGCUUGAAGCACCUCCUGCGCUGAAUUCUAGUGAAUUGGAACUGGCAUUGGAACUGCUGGGCGUUUUGCGACCCGUGGCCAGUGCUAUUCGUCAACUAUGCGGCUCAAACGGGAAAUUCUUUCCCUGUGCCAGUAGUGCGCUGCCCAUUGCAUACACUAUUCUCAAUGAACUGAAGCAGGCAGAGAACGUCAACCAGCAACAACACCAAAUAUCACAUGAAAUGCGAUUGUUUGUGAUCAAGCAACUGGAGGAGCGUUUCGAGGGCAUGGAGAAGAAUAUCCUGUUGGCUUUGUCAAGUUUAUUGGAUCCACGUUUCCGCAAUAUGCCUUUUCAGAGCGCUUCAUUGGUGGCCAAAUAUAUGACGCAUCUCUACAAUCUUUUUGAAGAGAAAGCAGAAACAACUGAAGCCGAAUCAGAAGAUGAAGCAACUUCAGACUGCUAUGAUAUAUGGGCCGCAUACCGAGCCUUCUCACACGAGAAGCAUAAGCAUAUCACCAUGUCCGGUGAGAGUGAGAAUCAAGAUGAAAUAUCUAGCUAUUUCUGCACAAAUAUCAGCAGCUUACAGACGGAGCCACUACUUCUGUGGAAAGAUCUGUCCCAGUUUCAUCCAUUCUUGCACAGUCUGUCCAAAAAGUACCUGCACAUUCCGGCAUCGGCAAUUCCACCUGCCCGAAUAUUUACAGCAGCUGGUGCAGAAGUCUUGGCACAACAUUCUAAAAUGUUGAGUGAUCACAUGAGCAAUAUACUAUUCAUGUCGGAUUGUACACAAGAGGAGUGGCAGUUAUAGUAUAUUUGUAUAUUUUUCGAGAAAUAAGAGCAAGUAUUCAUAUUCAACAAUAGUUU